UCUUGUAUUGAGAUUGCGCGCUAGCGAAGAUUAGUUGUGUUAACUCUUUCGCUGCUGCAGUGCCGGCUAUUGUAGUCACCAUGUCGGCCUGGCUUAGUCUCUCCGCUCGGGGUGCCCGGCUUUGGCGGCCGGCAAUGUGUAGGAUGUACCGCACUGAACGCGGGGUGUACGGCUACAGACCGAAGAGGAGCGAGGCUACAGGAAACCGUCUGAGGGAUCAGCUCAGCAUGGCGGCGGGUGGCAGUGCAGUGGAUCAUGGCCUUCAAAGACUUCUUACAGCUUACCGUGAACAUGGGCACAAAGCUGCAAAAAUAAAUCCAUUGUUUGCUGGACAAGCAGUUAUGGAUAUGGUACCAGAAAUACAAGUAAUAAGUGAAAUUCUUCAUGGACCUUUUCGUACAGCAGGCUUAUUAAAUAUAGGAAAGGAAGAAGCAACACUUGAAGAUGUUUUGGCAUACCUUGAUCACACAUACUGUGGACAAAUAUCUAUUGAAACAAGCCAGUUACAAAACCUAGAAGAACAGGAAUGGUUCUCCAGAAGAUUUGAAGAAUUGAAAUGGGAGACAUUUUCUACAGAAGAGAAGAAACAUCUGGCACAGCUAAUGAUUGAAUGUCAGGAAUUUGAUCAUUUUUUGGCUACCAAAUUUUCAACUGUGAAACGAUAUGGAGGCGAAGGAGCAGAAAGCAUGAUGGGCUUCUUCCAUGAGAUGUUUAAAAUGUGUUCUUUUAGUGGUGUCACAGAUGUGAUUAUAGGAAUGCCACACAGAGGGCGACUUAACCUUCUCACUGGACUUCUUCAGUUUCCACCAGAGCUCAUGUUUCGUAAAAUGCGUGGCUUAAGCGAGUUCCCUGAAAACUCCCCAGCGAUAGGUGAUGUUCUUUCCCAUUUGACUUCCUCAGUCGAUUUGGAUUUUGGAUCAGAUAAGACUCUACAUGUCACAAUGUUACCGAAUCCUUCGCAUUUGGAAGCAAUUAAUCCUGUCGCUGUUGGCAAAACCCGUGCUAGGCAACAAUCUUUGUCGGAUGGAGACUACUCUUCAGAUAACUCUGCCCAACCUGGUGACAAAGUCAUAUGUCUUCAGGUUCAUGGUGAUGCUUCCUUUUCUGGUCAAGGCAUUGUUCCUGAAACAUUUACAAUUUCAAACCUACCUCAUUACAGAAUUGGAGGAAGCAUUCACUUAAUAGUCAAUAAUCAGCUAGGAUACACUACUCCAUCUGAUCGUGGUAGAUCAUCAUUGUAUAGCAGUGAUGUCGGUAAAAUAGUUGGUUGUGCCGUAGUUCAUGUCAAUGGAGACUGUCCAGAAGAAGUUGUACGGGCUACACGACUAGCAGUUGAAUAUCAAAGACUUUUUAGAAAGGAUGUGAUUGUGGAUUUAUUGUGCUAUCGGCAGUGGGGCCAUAAUGAGCUGGAUGAGCCCUUCUUUACUAAUCCUGGAAUGUAUAAAAUAAUUCGGUCUCGAAAAAGCAUCCCAGAUGUAUAUGCUGAGAAUUUAGUAUCUGAUGGACUCUUGACUACAGAAGAAGUUGAAAAUAUCAAAUCUUCUUAUUACACCAAAUUUAAUGAUCAUCUUGCAAAUAUGACUUUAUACACUCCGCCACCUACCAACCUUCAGGCUAACUGGAGUGAGAUGGUUGAACCAGGUGCUCGGAUAACAACAUGGGACACUGGAGUUCCUGCUGACUUGCUCAAAUUUAUCGGAGCCAAAUCUGUAGAGGUUCCAGAAGAGAUUCAAAUGCACAGCCAUCUUCUAAAGAUGCAUGCACAGUCUAGAAUACAGAAGCUACAGGAAGGAACAAAGUUAGAUUGGGCUACAGCUGAAGCAUUGGCUUUUGGCUCCUUGCUUUGUCAAGGGUUUAAUGUUCGAAUAAGUGGACAAGAUGUAGGACGUGGGACAUUUAGUCAAAGACAUGCCAUGGUGGUUUGUCAAGAGACUAAUGACACUUGUAUUCCUCUAAAUUAUAUAACAUCUGACCAGAAAAGCUUUUUGGAGGUAAGCAAUAGUGCUUUAUCAGAAGAAGCUGUUCUUGGAUUCGAAUACGGCAUGAGUAUAGAAAGUCCUAAGUUGCUGCCAAUUUGGGAGGCACAGUUUGGAGAUUUCUUCAAUGGAGCACAGAUAAUGUUUGACACCUUCAUUUCUGGAGGUGAGGCAAAGUGGCUUUUACAGAGUGGCCUUGUGAUUCUACUUCCACAUGGUUAUGAUGGUGCUGGUCCAGAACAUUCUUCCUGUCGCAUUGAACGCUUUUUACAGAUGUGUGACAGCGCAGAAGAAGGAGUAGAUGGUGAUACAGUAAACAUGUUCGUUGUUCACCCCACAACACCAGCACAGUAUUUUCAUUUGUUACGCCGACAAAUGAUAAGAAAUUUUAGAAAACCUCUAAUUGUGGCGUCUCCGAAAAUGUUGCUCAGAUAUCCGGCUGCUGUUUCAAGCUUUGAAGAUAUGGCACCUGGAAGUACAUUUAAACCUGUAUUAGGAGAUGUUGCUGCAGACCCUAAAAGCAUUACCACGGUGAUUCUCUGUUCUGGAAAACAUUACUAUGCUUUGGCUAAACAGAAAGAAACUCUGGGAGAGCAAGGACACAAAUUUGCUAUAAUUAGGAUAGAAGAAUUAUGUCCAUUUCCAUUAGAAUCACUACAGCAAAUAAUUGGCAAAUAUACAAAGGCUAAAGAUUUCAUUUGGAGUCAGGAAGAACCACAAAAUAUGGGUGCUUGGACUUUUGUUGCACCUAGGUUUGAGAAACAGUUGGGGUGGAAGCUACGGCUUGUAAGCAGACCUGCUCUUCCUGCACCUGCAGUGGGAAUUGGGACUCUACACCAACAACAACAACAAGAUAUCAUUAGAAAAACAUUUGCGUAACUGAGAGAGUGCUUUUUCCGGCAUCAACUUUUUGACUAAAUCAAGACUUGCUUCUCUUUUCAAUAACCAUUUCUGCAACUGGAUGUAAUACACCAAUUCUGCCCUGCUAGCCUUCAUUCCUCUCAGGACAGGGAUCAUAACACUAAAAUCAUUUUUACUGUGCUAAAAUGUAUAAUUCCAGACUGUUAGUACUCAAUAUAGUUCUAAAUUUUAUGACGAUGACCACCUAGAUUGCAAAGACUGCAAUACGUUAAAGGGGUUGUCAAGUUAUACAGGCGGACAAGGCUGUCUGUUAAUAGUUAAAAAAUUGUUAGGGCACUUACUUGUAAUGGUGUCCUAACUUUCAAAGAUUUGGAAUAACAGCACUGUAUUUGAGUAAUACCAUUAGUGAAAAAUGCAUGUAUUUACAUGCAGAUUCUUAUUCUUAAUAACUGUGGCAUGUACCAUUGUGCUAAGAAAUGAUUACAAAAAUGUAAGCAAUUACAGUGCUGCAAUAUUUUGCAGCAAAGGCUUCUUUCAAAUAAUGUUUUUGUGACGCUUUGUUGCAUCUGUCAUAAAUACACUCCUAUGUUGGGUAAAAAAUUGUAUACUGCAUGUAAUACUUUUACUGAAUCUUGUGCUAUAGAAUAGUACAGAGGUGUGCAGGAUUCCAUCCAGCAGAAAAACACAAACCUUGAUGAAAACCACCCAUAUGGAGGCCAUCAUUUAACUUUUCUGGCCUCCGUAGGGUGAUUGGGGUCUAUGGAUAUAUUUGCUGUGUGCUGUGGGAGAUAUCCUGACUUGUGGUAAACUGUCCUCCAAAUGUAGUGUGAACGCACCCUAAGAGAAUCUUUACAAGUAGGUGCGUCACAUGCAUGGAUUUCUAUGAAAGCAGGUUUAUCAUGAUCUUUACUCCUGGCUCAAAUGCACUGCUUAAGUAGUUUCUUUUGCAACCUUUAAACAGUACGUAUUACAAAGUGCAUGAAGUGUACUCUAUGCAAUCUCAGUUUAGAUUAUUGGAGAUUUUCUUAAAACAAAAACAUAUUUACAAACAAUUUUUAAAGUACAGAUGUUUGCGGAAUAGUGGAGAAGAACUUUCCUUGCAUCAGAUUCUAACAGUAGUGUAAAAUAAAUGAAUAACACUGUUUUAGGUGCAUAAUGUACACUACACCACAGCAGUCAGCCCUUCUUACGAUAGUUAGCCAUAGAGUUUUAGCAAGUUUUAUAUUGGUGAGUGUAAUUAAGGGCACUCAUUUUUAAGUUUAUUAAUUUUUUGCCAGCAUCAGAAUUGGUUCCUUGCUACCCUUUUUUUUGCUUUUGUUUUACUUUUCUUUUUAUUUUUUGUACUAGAACAAAAUUGGACCCAAUCAGAGGGAAUACUUUAUCAAGGGCUUUUCUUUUAAGGCCGAAUAUGUGUGGAAUGUGGCUGGAAAAUAUGGGCGGACAUUCCGCACAUUUACUUGAUGCAGCGCCACUAGGAACGAUCAGGAAUGCGCUGUCUCCAUAGACAGCAAUGCAUUUCCAAGCUGAAUUCGCAGAAACAUUGAACAGGUUCAAUGUUGCUGCGGAUGCGGGAAUCGGGAUCCCCGCCAAGUGCACAGUGCAUCAGAAUCCCAUUGAAAUAAUGAGACUCUGCUGCAGAGGUAAUUUUGAGCAGAAUAUUCCUGUUUGAAUGUGGCCUUAUGCUGUAUUUGUCAGUAACUAUGUAUAACAUGUAUGGUGUGCAAUAACUAUGGGGUAAUACCUGUGGGUAAAACCUUGAUGUUGUCACAACUGUAAAUUGAAAAGGUUGAACCUGGAAGAAAUGCAGUAUGACUGAGUACAAACUUGUCAUUUUAUUUUUUUGCCUGAAUAUGUCUCUUAAAAUAAUGUGAAUUAAACUUAAUUGCUAUGUAUUUUCUGAUUCAGAACAUAAUGUAUGUAAUAUGCUUUGCUUGAUUUCUACAAAUGUGAUAAUUUAUUGUGCUGUUUUCUAAGUGUAUCCUAUCCCUAAAUCAAUAUCAUAAGGAAGUAUAAAUGACAUUAAAAAUAAUCUCUACCCCCAAAAAUAUGUUUAACUUCAUGAGUGUGCUUUUGGAUUUUUUUUUUUGGGGGGGGGGGCUGUUCUGUGGUUCUCUGGCUAUAGAGGAAUGGUUGACAGUUUGUCCGGUAUGGGUACAAUUUGUAUUACCUCUAUAAUCUGUAUACUUAUUUUCAUAGUACAUAGGUACUUGCAUGGGAAGCCUCAAACUUCUCAUAUCUCACUGCUUUUGGGAGUGAGAUACUAACUAGAAGUAGUAGUGGAGUUUAGCCUCCAGGCAAGCUAUUUUUUAUAUACCGUAUAUACUCGAGUAUAAGCCGAGUUUUUCAGCACGAUUUUUCGUGCUGAAAACA